AUGGCUGACGAAGAAGCCAAAGCUCUAGGAAACGCCGCCUUCUCCUCCGGCGACUUCCCCACCGCCAUACUCCACUACACCACCGCCAUCUCCCUAUCCCCAACCAACCACCUCCUCUUCUCAAACCGCUCCGCCGCUCACGCCUCUCUCCGCAACUACACCGACGCUCUCUCCGACGCCAAGAAAACCGUGGAACUCAAACCUGAUUGGUCCAAAGGCUACAUCAGCCUCGGAGCCGCUCACUUAGGGCUAAACCACUUCAAAGAAGCCGUCGCGGCUUACCACAAAGGGCUUCAGAUCGAUCCCAGCAACGAGGCGUUGAGAUCAGGAUUAGCCGAUGCUCGAGAUUCCGCUAUUCGCGAGGCCUUCAAAGGGGAAGAGAUGUGGACUAAGCUUAGGUUAGAUCCUUCGACGAGAGGCUUUCUGAAACAGCCUGAUUACGUGAAGAUGACGCAAGAGAUUCAGAAGAACCCUAGAAAUCUCAGUUCUUACGUGAAUGAUCAGAGAGUGAGGCAAUCUGUUGGAGUUUUAUUGAAUUUUAAGGGCAGAGGAGACAAGAAGGAGAAGAAGCAAGAGAUGAAGGAGAGAGCUGAAACGGAGAAAAUAUUAGGGACCACUGCGUUUAAGAACAGUGAAUUCGAAGCUGCGAUUCAGCAUUACUCUAAAGCUAUUGAGUUUGAUGAUGAAGACAUCUCUUAUAUCACGAACCGUGCAGCUGUUUAUCUUCAAAUCGAAAAGUACAACGAGUGUAUAGAGGAUUGUGACAAGGCGGUUGAGAGAGGUAGCGAGCUAGGAUCAGAUUACAACAAGAUCAUGGUAGCUAGAGCUUUAACUAGGAAAGGAACUGCUUUUACCAAGAUGGCGAAAUGCUCUAAAGACUAUGAUCCUGCUUUUGAAGCUUACCAAAGAGCUCUUACAGUGCAUCGUAAUUCUGAAACGUCGAGUAAGCUUCACCAAGCUGAAAGUGCAAAGAAAGAAUGGGAGAGGCAGGAGUAUAUUGAUCCCAAGAUUGGUGAUGAAGAGCGUGAGAAAGGUAAUGAGUUAUUUAAUAAGAAGAAGUAUCCUGAUGCGAUAAAGCAGUACACUGAAGCUAUCAAAAGGAAUCCGAAAGAUCAUAAGGCAUAUAGCAACCGAGCUGCUUGUUACGUUAAGCUUCGUGCUAUGCCGAAUGGACUAGAAGAUGCAGAAAAAUGUAUUGAGAUUGAACCAAAGUUCUCUGGAGGAUACUUCAUAAAAGCUGAAGUUGAGUUCUACUUAAAUGAGUAUGACAAUGCGAUGAAAACAUACCUAGAAGGUCUUAAACAUGAUCCUAACAACCAAGAACUUCUGGAUGGUGUUACAAGCUGUAUACAAAAAGUUAACGAGGCUAAACGUGGUGGUCUUACUCCUGAGGAAUUGAAAGAGAAACGGGCAAAGGGGAUGGAAGACCCAGAAAUCCAAAGCAUCCUCACAGAUCCUGUGAUAAGACAGGUAAUGUCCGAUCUUGAAGAGAAUCCGAGCGCAGCAAAGAAACAAAUGGAGAACACAGAGAUUAUGAGCAAGAUUCAAAAGCUUAUUAGCGCCAGGAUAGUCCAGAUGAAAUAG